UCUCUCUCUCUGCUUCAACUGGGAAACUGCGGGGGAAUUAGUGGGAGAAAGCUCUGGUCAAGGGUGUGGAAUAACGGGGCCAUCGAAAAGGGUGAUGUUUAGGCUGCUAUAUUACGCAUCGUCAGAAGCAACAGCAGCAACAAAGAUUGUUGAAACUUGUGGUGGUCAUUGUCCAUAUCAAGGAAGGAGCUUCUUCGAGCUCCAGUGAUUCACCUUUUGGGUCUUUCAGUUUCUUUUCAACGUGGGUAAGGCAAGAUUCAGUUUAUAACUCAUGGGGAAUUGUUGGGGUUCUUCUGCUGAAAAUCGAAGCUCGAGGGCUGACUCCCACCUCAAUACCACAGGAACAUCAUCACAGUCAACAAGCACUAUGACAAUGACGACAACUUCACUCGGCAGCAGCAUAUCCCCGAUCAGCCGCUUCUCUGCUUCGAGCGGGGACGAGGCUUCCCCUCAUGGCCAGAUCUUACCGCUCGCAAAUUUAAGGAUCUUCACCUUCGCGGAGCUGAAAGCUGCGACUAAAAACUUUAAGCCUGACACACUUCUUGGAGAGGGCGGCUUUGGAAAAGUUUUCAAGGGCUGGCUUGACGAAAAGCCUUCAUCGAAGAGUGGCAGUGGGUCGGUAAUCGCUGUCAAGAAACUGAAAUCCGAGAGUGAGCAGGGUUUCCAGGAGUGGCAGGCCGAGAUAGAUUUCCUAGGACGGCUUUCUCAUCCAAACCUCGUGAAGCUUAUUGGGUAUUGCCUGGAGGAGAAGGAGCUUCUCCUGGCGUAUGAGUUCAUGCAGAAGGGCAGCUUGGAACACCAUUUAUUUGGAAGGGGUGCAAUGGUUCAGCCACUUCCGUGGGGCUUGAGGCUUAAAAUCGCAGUAGGAGCGGCACGUGGCCUGGCAUUCCUGCACACUUCCGAAAAGCAAGUCAUUUAUCGGGACUUCAAGGCCUCGAACAUACUGCUGGACGGAUUUUACAAUGCCAAGAUCUCAGACUUUGGCCUGGCCAAGAUGGGUCCUUCGGCGAGCCAGUCUCAUGUCUCAACCCGGGUCAUGGGAACACAAGGUUAUGCAGCUCCGGAGUACAUCGCGACCGGACAUCUUUAUGUUAAGAGCGACGUGUUUGGGUUCGGCGUAGUCCUAGUCGAGAUGUUGACAGGCCUCCGGGCGGUCGACCCUGCCCGUCCGCCCGGGCAGGAGAAUCUGGUCGAGUGGGUGAAACCAUACUUGUCUGACAAACGGAAGCUGAAGACCAUCAUGGACUCCACGCUUGAGGGGAAGUACCACUCAAAAACCAUGUACGAGAUCGCUCAGCUCGCGCUGAGCUGCGUAGCGCCCGAGCCAAAGUCCCGGCCAUCCAUGGAAGAGGUCGUGAGGACCCUGGAGACGCUCGAGCCGGCCACCGAGAGAGCGGCCCAGUCGAGGAGCGGGCGUCCCAUGGCUCACAGCCAUGUCCAGCACCAGCUGCCGCUGCCGAAGCCGCCGCCUAUGCAGACCCGGUCUCCGCUGCACUCGAGGCAUAAAGGGGUUUCGGCUUACCAAAACUCGCCUCGACUUAGGUAGUAGGAAUCAAGGGGUGAUUGUUCAGCAAUGAAGGUGUGGUUACAUUGGAUUGUAGGAUUAUUUUUAGCCAUAAUUUGGCUGAUGAUUUGCGUUUGGGAAAAGGGUUUGAGGUUGAGCAUUUCAGUUUUGUUAUACAGAGGCUAUGGCAAGUCCUAAUGCUACAGAUGCUUUAAUUUGGCUGAUAGUGCACACUCGCAAAAGAGUUGCAAAUGAAGGAUUUUUACCAAGACUCUGAUAUUUUAUUUGUUU